AUGUUUAUACAUCAAACCGAGUAUGCCAGGAAAAUCGUGGAGAAAUUCGGAAUAGCUGAUGCAAAGCCGGUGAGUGUGCCGGCAGAUAUGAACGCGAUUUUGUGUCCCGCAGAUGAGGAUGAUGUCUAUGAGGGUAUGCCAUAUCGAGAGGUCGUAGGUUUGCUAAUGUUUUUCACCGUGGUAUCUCGUCCAGACAUUGCGUUCGCCAUCAACUCGGUUUCGAAGUUCUUUAAUAAACAUAAUUUUGCGCACUCUAAAGUAGUCAAACGCAUAUUCGCGUAUCUCAUCGGAGUCAACGAUCUAGGUUUGUUGUAUAGAACCAGAGGAAACGAGCAAGAACUUGUAGGUUCCAGCGAUGCCGACUACGCCAGCGCUGUACCAAAGAGCGGAUAUCUUCAGGGAAGCAAUGCCUAA